ACAUUCCAUUUGUCUAGUAACAUCGAGGCACAUUGCGAUGUCAAUUUCACGGCAUUCUGUAGUAAAUAAUGGCGAGCGUUCGCUCGACCGUGUCGCUACUGACCUAGCUCCGGCCAGCGGUCGUUUAAUGGCUCGUAAAGUUUACCUCUUUUUCGCCAAGCACCCUCAUUACUACUGCAUAGAUUACUCAUGGUACAGUGAAACCGGAUGCACCGCGAACUUCCAACCGGUAACCUGCAUACCGACCGUAUAAUGAGAGGCAAACUGACACACGUGGAUUGUGUGUGCAUGCUCGUGUUCACUGAUCGGAGCAAGGCCAAAUGCGAGUGAACACGACGGUCUCAUUGGCGAGCAAGUGACGCGCGACACGGGGUUUCAUUAAUAAACAUGGCGAUGCAGAAAAUCAUGGGGUCGCCGGUGUAUACGCUUUUAGCUUGUCGAACCGGAAAUCAUGGUUCCUACCGAUGUCAAGGUGGCGCUCGCGACAUUUCGCUUUCGCCAUUUCUCACAUCAUUUUUACGUACGUGACGCGAACACGAUGGAGGAACUCGUGACGAGACAUAAUAUAUCAAUUUUAUUAAUUUACCAUACUAAGUUCUGUUGACCGGAGAUUUCUUCGUUUGUUUCUCAUCUAUCAGUGACCUCGUUAGAUUCGCGAAAAUUCAUUAGCAUUCGAAUUAUACAAUUCGUUGAGUCAUUGAAACAAUCGUCAAAUCAUCGACCGACUCAUCGAAUCAAAACGGUAGCCAAGCGUGGGAGAAGAACGAGCUAGAAAGAACGAAAAGAAAUCGAGGCGGAUCAGGGCCAGUUCCCCACCGAAAUUUCAUUCCCGGCUCGCUGCUUUCCGAUGCUUCACUGCGCUCAUGAACCAGAACAUUAAGAGAAGGAUACCCCCUCCGAGGAUCCGUGGCCUACGCGUGUUUACCACAUGUAACGCGUUUUCACUUGGUGUGGCCCAGUUAACCAGUCCGGUCGCCAUCAGCCAGGACGAAGAUGGCAAGGAUGCGUGGUACCGCAGGAUAAGAGGGAAAACAGCCGCUGGGAACGCUAACCAGGACGGCUGAAACGCUGGCAAUGACUAACGGUUAUCUUUAAUUGACACAGCUUCGUUUCUAUUUUUGUUCGUGUCAUAAAUGUAGAAUGUAUCGUCUCAAAACAUAUAUUACGCGCAUCGUUAUACCUCCGUUUUACUAUAGAAUAAAAAGAAAGAGAAAGAAAGAACCUAGUUAUUUGUGAUUACAACAUACGAGCGUAUCAUGAUCUGGUUAAUCCGAUACUUCCAGCGGAUCAGGUCGAUCAACCACCAUCUCUCCCGUGAUGCUUUCGAUUUCAGGCUUAUCGAGACACGACGAUAACACGAGGGAAAAUCACAGUAGAAGGACAUUCGUGUAGAAGACAUGUACACACCUGGUUGCCACGAACUUCCGAUCAGAAACGCUAUCUGAUCUGGUCAGACCGGUCGAGCGGAUGAAGUCGAAUGACAAGGGCGAGGACGACGAUCCGGUCGAGAGUAGCGAAACGAUUCGCCGGAAUCGUCGGUUUUAUCGAUGGCGAGUUGGUGGGGCUGGGACGGUAGGAGAGGAGGGAUGCGAAUUCCGAACUGAUCCGGAGAGCAACUCUGCUCUCUACCUGUGGUGGACCCCAGGUGGUUAGCGAGACGCGGUCUCCGCUCUCAAAUGAUCCUUGGCAAUGAAAAUUCUCCCACAAUGGUGGUAUUCGUACGCGCCGCACCGCCACGGUGGGGAGAAUAUCACCGGCCACGGAGGUACACCUGACCAGAUAUAUAGAGCUAGGGCAGGGCUUCCGCUACGGACAGUCCAGUUACAGUGCUCUGUGUAAGCACGCAUCUCGCGGCCCAAAGUGUCAAACAACUCGAGUACCGGUGGCUAACAAGCUUCGACGCUUGUUCCCAAAAUACCACGCAGAAGUCCACAGAAGUUCUUUAGAUUGUACAAAAUGAGAGAUUUUGCUUAUUGUUCCGUGUACCUGGCCUUUUUACUGGCCAUGGCUUCGGCUAGAUCAGCCGAGACUAAUCCCACGACCAAUUCCAUCAAUGAAGAGACAGCAAGGUCUAGUGGAAAUAGCAACGUGUUUGGAGAUCUUCGACAGAUGUACCAGAUUUACAAGGAAUGCGCAGACGAGGAUAUUAGUUCUUGUUUGAAAGUGAGGUUGCUGUCGGCCGUAGACAGGGUGUCUAGGAGCACGCAGUUGAACGUUGCCGACGGUGUUACCUUCGUUCAGGACGAGCCUAUCUCUAACGCGGAGGAACCACCGAAAUCUCUUCAGGAGAUCGAGGCCGGGCUACCUAGGGCUUUGGACGACAAAGAAAAUGCGUUGAAUACCAUGAUCUUCGACAAGGUGAUGAAAUUUUUCCAAAGCCAUACGUUGAAAUUGAAGCUGCCCAAUGUAGAAGAACUUCAACGGAGUUUGGUGGAAGAAGGCCGUAAGAAGAAGAAGAAUAUGGGGGGUCUGCUAGCUAUUCCUCUGUUGAUUGGUGGAACUUUGGUACCAUUGGCCUUAGGAGCGUUAGCUCUUUUAGCUGGCAAGGCUUUGAUCGUUAGCAAGCUGGCUCUAGUACUGGCUUCCAUCAUCGGUUUGAAGAAACUAGUGUCAGGAGGCGGGGAUCAUGGUCAUGAAGUCGUUCAAGUUGCCGGAGGCCACGGAUCCAGCGGAUGGGCG